AUGACCAAAUUUUAUCUUCAAUACAAGAACAACUCUCCAGUGCUUAUCGAUACAGACAACGGAAGAGGAACACAAGGAACUCUACCUCUGAUUACUGUUUCUCAUUUGAUUUCAGCUUACAAGACUGCUGCCACUCUCCUCCUUGACGCUAUUCCUGUUGACGAACUCACUCUUCAUUUUGAGGAGUAUGGUCCAGCCAUUUCUCGAUAUGGGUUUCUAACCUCUAUUCAACAUCCUUUUGGUUGUUACAACAAUCCACUGACUAUUAAAUCCAAGAAUGAUGUGAAUGUUGACCGUCCCUAUCAAAGAUACUUUGUACAAAGUAAAAGUGACCAAGAAUUCAUCGACGCCAAUAAUUUGAAAUUGCGAAAACCAAAUGACGCUUUCAAGUAUUUGAUACAUCAUCUGGAAAAUAUUGUCGAUGUAUCAAGGCUACCAAAUAACGCCGUAUUUAACGACAAUUGCUGGGAACACCGUCUUGAUAGGAGAGUAACCAAUUAUCAAAUUGACAAUGUCGAUAAUAUCAAACUGUUUUUUGCUGUUUCUGGUGCAGGAAAAACAAGGAUGUUUCUAGAGUUGCUUUAUUCAAACUUUGGGUACUACUUUGCUUGCAAGAGCUCUCAAGAUGACUUUGGUUCUACUGACAUGUAUGAAUGCCUGGUGUAUUGCGACAAUAACUAUCAGCCUGAACUCACUCAACAUGCUAUCCAACUGUUGUGUUUCGUUCGGGUUUCUGUUUGCAACUACUUGAUAAGCAAGGGAUUCAAGGAACCUUGGCAAAUUCUUCUGGCUCAACUCCAUCCUAUCGCAUUCUUUGGGCUUGACUUGUUUGAGUGUCUUUUUACGACCCUUGUAAAAGAGCCUGGACUUUCUCCAACUGCCAUUACAAACCCGUUUCCUUUUAUUGCCAUUGAUGGAGUUCGAAAUCUUGCAGGAGGUCGUCGUUUUCAUUUUCAACCAGAAAGUAGAAACUUUCGUCCCUUUUUCACUCCAUUGGUAUACCAUUCCAAAAUGAUGGGAAUAUUUCCUCAUUUCCUACUGUCUGCCACCAGUAUUGACUUUGAACUCAUCAAAGAGCUAGUGGAGUUUAGUGCUAUGAAGGAUGAUCAAAUCACAGAUUGUGUAGUUGUAUCAGAUUUCCAUUCUCUGACAAAGCUCGAGGUCGAACAGUAUGUUAGACAAUUUUUACAAGACCAUCAAGUCAAUCAACUGGAUGCUAUUGUAUCAAGAAUUUCAGCCUUUGAAUUAUGUCAUGGAAGACCAUGUUUCAUAUCGUAUAUUCUGGGCACAUAUAUGAAAUCAAAUGAUAUUGACGCUGCAAUUAGCAAAUUUAUCACUGGGAUAUCUAAUGGGGAUGACCAGAUUUUCCCGCUUAGAUUCUUGAAAAAUGACCUUGAUGGAGGCAUUCGUUCAUUUGACAGUCAUUGCUGGUGA